AAGAGUACAUAUAUAAAUAAAGUGCGCUGUGCACUGUAAAGCCACUGCAUAUUUAAUCCAGUGAUUGCAGGACCAGCAUUGAACUGCAUCUCUGAGCUUAGUAUGAAUUUGUCCGUGACAUUGUUGUUCAUUCUAUGGACUGUUGUAUACUCGUCUAUAAACCCGUCGGCAUCGGCACAUGCACUAGGCGGCACCUCUUCUUGGCAUGACGGCGACAACGUCACAGCUGGAGCGUCCUUCCGGUCUAAACGUACCAUCGGCUCUGGAAGCGACUUUGUCAACUGCCUGGCCAUUGGCGAAUCUGAGCAACGGUUUUGCUCCUAUGAUCCGGACUUUCUCGAAUCCAUCUUUGAUAAAGCGGUAAAUGGAACUGCUGAAUCUUCCGGAGUAAAAUCCGAAAGGCAACAACAGCAAGGCCGGGCCCUUUGUCCCGAAGGUCGAGUCUUCUAUAUUCGAUGCAACAUUUGCCGGUGCAAGGCCGGGGGAAAGAUAAGUUGCACUGCAGAACUUUGUGCAGAAGACUUCUUCGAUGCCACCGGUCAGGCCAAAUAUUGGUGAAAAGGAUUGCUCCUUGCGUGCCUCGGGGUAGUUUCUCAAAUUUUAUGAAGAGCCCUUCCUCAGAUCAGCAUAAUUGAGACGGAAAUUGGUGUUAUUUUAUGAAUUACUUUCAAAGCGCAGGCAUUGUUUAGCAUGAAGAAAACGGUUCCAGAAUGCAUAUCAGUCUUCAGCCUAAUAAAUAUGGCGAACGAAUAUUUUCGAGAAGUUCUUUUAACACAAACUGUGAUCAAUGUAUAAGACCAUUUAAACGAGAACAAACUUUGCUUUGAAACAUCAAAUAAAUUUUUGAUAAAUAGUAAUAAAAUUAUAAUAAAUACAAAUACAUGU